AUGAACCGAGAAACGUGUGGAAGAUUAUGCUUACCGUCAGCCCCCUGCUUUCGUCAGCCGUCCUCCAGCGUUCGUCAGCCGUCCUCCAGCGUUCGUCAGCCGUCCUCCAGCGUUCGUCAGCUGCCCUCCAGCGUUCGUCAGCUGCCCUCCAGCGUUCGUCAGCCGUCCUCCAGCGUUCGUCAGCCGUCCUCCAGCGUUCAUCAGCCGUCCUCCAGCGUUCGUCAGCCGUCCUCCAGCGUUCGUCAGCUGCCCUCCAGCGUUCGUCAGCCGUCCUCCAGCGUUCAUCAGCCGUCCUCCAGCGUUCGUCAGCUGCCCUCCAGCGUUCGUCAGCCGUCCUCCAGCGUUCGUCAGCUGCCCUCCAGCGUUCGUCAGCCGUCCUCCAGCGUUCGUCAGCUGCCCUCCAGCGUUCGUCAGCCGUCCUCCAGCGUUCAUCAGCCGUCCUCCAGCUUUCGUCAGCCGUCCUCAAGCGUUCGUCAACCACCCUCCAGUGUUCGUCAAUCGUCCUCCAACGUUCGUCAGCCGCCCUCCAACGUUCGUCAACCGCCCCCCAGCAUUCGUCAGCCGCCCUCCAGCGUUCGUCAGCCGCCUCCAGUGUUCGUCAGCCGUCCUCUGGCGUUUGCCAGCCGGUGCUCCCACGGGUUAUGCUUAUAA